AUGACGUACGGCAGUCUCUGGUUAGCCACAUUCGCCGGAAUUCCGGCGGAAAUUCUUCAAUCAGCCAACACGAGUCUUUUGAGCGACGGGACGCACUGUGAGCACCAGUUCCGGGCGCUAGUGAUGGGACUAAAAGCGAAAGAGUUUUGGUCAAUCGAAUUGGUCGACUCGUGGGGCAAAUGGCCAGCGGGUAUCUUCGCCGGCAACCUGUACGAGCUGGGACACUACGACCAGUGUGUCGACCUGUGGCACAAUGCCGGCGGCCUUGCCGGCGCGAUCCAGGGGCGCUACUGCUUUCUCACCGUGCCACUGAAGGGCCUGCUGCCCGCGUCGGUCCACCAGCCACGUAUCAUGCCCGGCACGUCCGGAGACCUCUGGGCUGCCCGGCUCGGUGCGUGCAUACCGGCUGCCUGCACCGCUGACCACUUCCUGCAGCUACUCAACCGAACCGUCCCGAACCUGCCUGACGUCCGGCUGAGUUGCAAUCAAAUACCCGAACCGCUAGGUGGCUCCCAGGCCGCAGCUAUUGCGUUCUUCGCCACGAUACUCCUGCUGGCGCUUGCCAGCACGCUGUACGACGUAGUGGCCCGCUGCCGGCGGCGUAAGGCCCAUCCGAAUCUGGUCAUGUUUUCGCUCGUCACCAACGGCCGGAAGCUGCUGGCGACCGUCGACCGCAGCCGGCCGGACGCCGGGAAGUCCAGCACGAUCGAUUGCAUCAACGGAAUACGCGUGAUUUCGAUGGUUUGGGUCGUGUUCAGCCACAACUACACCCGUAUCGGGAUGGUGCCGCUCAUCAACUCGAAAGUCAUCGGAACGUGGCUGAAGUCGUACCACAGCGUGCUGGUCGUCGCCUCGACGGUGUCGGUGGAUUCGUUCUUCGUCAUCAGCGGGGUGCUCACCUGCUGGAGCUUGCUGAACGCGCUGGACAAGAGUGGCAGGCUCAACCUGCCGCUGAUGUACGUGCACCGCUACCUGCGACUCACGCCGGCCCUCGGUGCCCUCGUGCUCUACUCGGCGACGCUGAUGCGCCACAACGGCUCGGGCCCGUUCUGGGACAGCGCGAUGACGCUGACGUCGGGCCACUGCCGCUCCUACUGGUGGUCGACGCUGCUGUACGUGCAGAACUACGUGAACCCGCGCGAGCUCUGCCUCGGCCACACCUGGUACCUGUCGGUCGACAUGCAGCUGUACCUGCUGGCCCCGCUGCUCAUCUAUCCGCUGUGGCGCUGGGGCCGCCGGGCGCUGCUGCUGGUCGUCGCCCUCGCCCUCGCCUCGAUGGUGACAGUGCUCGUGCUGUUUCUCGUGUACGACCUGCGGCUCUCGUUUCUGGCCGUGGACGACAACCGCAUCCGGCACGUGCACACCUACUAUCCGACGCACACGCGCGCCGGCGCCUGGCUGGUCGGCGUGGGAGUCGGCUACGUGCUCCAGCGCACCCGCAAGCACUACGUCCCGCUCGCCCGGUGGGCCGUCGCACUCGGCUGGACGCUGGCGGCCGCCACCAUGCUGACCAUCCUGUUCGCCGACCAUCCGCUGCAGCAGCCCGAUUACGCCACCAACCCGCUCGUGGCCGACGCGCUCUACGAGGCGCUCAACCGGGUCGCCUGGGCCGGCGCCGUCGGCUGGAUCGUGUUUGCCUGCGUCAACGGGUACGGCGGUCCGGUCAAUCGGUUCCUCGGCGCCACCAUCUGGCAACCGCUCGGGCGCCUCUCGUACUCCAUCUAUCUGCUGCACCUGCCCAUCCAGCUCAUGAUGGCCGGCAGCGCCCGGCUGCCGUACUACUUCACCGACCUGCACGCCGUGUACCAGUUCUGGGGCGACAUCGGCUUCACGCUCACCCUUGCCCUUGCCUGGGCGCUGCUCUUCGAGUCCCCAAUCAUCGGCCUGGAGCGGAUGCUGUUCGGAAGAGGCAAAAACACGACCGAAUCCCGCACCAAGGAGGAGGAAAGCAAUCCGACGCCGGACAAGCAGGACGUCCUACCGAAGACACUUUCGCUAACACUACAAACGGCGCGCCUCUAA